AGUUAAAAAUAGCGCAGUUUAUGUGAAAACUUUGGGGUUUAACUGCGGUAUGUGUUUUUUUUAUGUUAUCAACGGGCCGUUACUUUGUUUCUGAAGUAUAAUUUUUAACAACGUAGUGGCGAAAGUAAGUUGCAAUGUUGAGCCAUGUUGUAGUUAGUACAAGGCUGCCUCAGAGACUCCAUGACAGCAGCAAAGCGCCCCCUCCCACUCCGAACGCCCCCGCUUGACAUGCAACUCAAAUACAUAAAGCCUCCAUGUUGCAUGGGGGAAUGUCGGGCCAGCACAUAGCCUACAAGUGUUAGCGCGAUAACUUUAACAUUGUCCAACCCAGCGUCUACUCCAUGUUUGGGAUAAGAAUAACCUUUCGACGGGGUUCCAAGUGUUUUUUUUUUUUUGGCGGUAGACAAGGUUGCACAUUUUCUUUACGGGCGAUGAUCGGCUAGCUUGACGGCUAACACGGCUAGUUGUUAACUUCAGCUAGUGGCUUGAUUCAGCGUUCGUUUGUUUGGACUUUUGAAGGUUUAGUCCACAAAAAGAAGUCAUUUCACGAAUGUGUUAUUCACAGAGCUCUAGAUGACAGUCCUUAACUGGCUUUUAUUCAGCACCGCGCUAGCUGGCCGGCUCCCCCCGCUGCCACAACGCUUCGCUUCGGACGCUUUUCUGGUCUUUGUGGGCUACCCGAUCACCCUCAUAUCAAACAGCUAGCUAACGUUAGCUAGCAUCCCCUCUAAUAUUACCGGAGUCCACAACGGAAUAACCACCCGGCUCAAUGGACCACAUGUCAAUAAUAACGCAAGUUUCCAACCCCAAGGAGGAGGAAAUAAUAUCCUUUAACCAGGAAAAAGCGUCCCAGUCCAACAGCAGCCUAAAGAAGCAGAGGAGCCGCAGCAUCUUCAGCACAUUCUUCUGCUGCUUCCGCAACUACAAUGUGGAGCCGCCAGCCACCAAUAGCAACACCGCUCCCCUGCCUCCACCUGUUGAGGAGAAUGGAUCACCCCCCAAGUGCGACCAGGUCGAGGUUCUCCCUGUCCCUAGUCCACCAGCCAAGUACCUCCUACCGGAGAUGAAAAUAUCGGACUACGGGAAAAAGUGUGUUGUGAUUGACUUGGAUGAAACACUCGUCCACAGCUCAUUCAAGCCAAUCAGCAAUGCAGAUUUUAUUGUUCCAGUGGAGAUUGACGGCACAGUUCAUCAGGUGUACGUGCUGAAACGACCCCACGUGGACGAGUUCCUACAAAAGAUGGGCGAGCUCUUUGAAUGUGUGCUCUUCACAGCCAGUCUUGCAAAGUACGCAGACCCUGUGGCAGACCUGCUGGACCAGUGGGGCGUGUUCCGAGCGCGACUCUUCCGAGAGUCCUGCGUGUUCCACAGAGGGAACUACGUGAAGGACUUGAGCCGGCUGGGACGAGAGCUCAGCAACGUCAUCAUCGUGGACAAUUCACCCGCAUCGUACAUUUUUCACCCAGAAAAUGCUGUCCCAGUCCAGUCCUGGUUUGACGACAUGAAUGACACCGAGCUCCUGGACCUGCUGCCUUUCUUUGAGGGACUCAGCAAAGAAGAAGAGGUCUACGGCGUCCUGCAGAAUCUGAGAAGCAGGUAGCAGGACCCAGAGCGGGCUCUUUCCUCCGCGCGCUUCUCUUUUUUUUUUUUUUUUUUUUCCCCCCACCUCUCGCCCCUCCCUACCGCUGUCCCCCACACGUCUGCCAGACCGAGGCCCGCCCGGAAGAGGGCGGCACCACGGAGUCCCCAGGAUGUGAAGCCCCUCCCGUGCCCACGACAGGACAGAAACACUUACCAAGCCAGGAGCACUGUGUUUUGAACUACGUUGACACUAACGAGGGACAAAAUGCUAAGAGGAUUGAACUCUGGUCUUUAUUUUCAAAACACAACAAAGUUUUACUAUUUGGUUAUGUGCUUCAAACCAAAAAAAAAAAGAAAACCUUUUUUUUUUUUUUUGUCUGAGACUUCUUUUGUGGUACGGCACAAAGAUUUUUGUCCGCGUCUUGUUGCUAUGCAGGUUGGCGGAAAGGACUGCUUUUCUUACCGAAUGAAGUGCCUUGUGUGAGUGAUGUUUCUACAAGGGAGAUGUUUUCUACAUACUCCUCUCAACGCUCCAUCCUUCAUCAAGUGGACACAGAAGAACUUUAAAUUUUUCCUGUAUUUUUUUUUUUUUUAUCAUCAAUUGUCUCCUUUAGUAUAUUUCCCUCCUGUGCCAUGAUAUACAGUAAGACUUCCUUUCUGCUUUCAUUGUACUUUGUAGAAAUAGUUAAUUUGUUAGGAAAAGGAGUAAACCUUAUAUACCCCAGCUGCACGUCUUUUUUUUAUUUUUUUUGGUGGUUUUCAUCUUAAAUCUCAGCUAAUAUGUGCCAUUUUAUUUUUAUUUUUUGGUAGCCCCUUCUAUUAGUUGCCAAACUAGUUUAACAUCUAUUUUAACCAGGUGUUGCAUUCUAGCUUUUACUCAUUUGAUGGACGUCAAAUGAAAUGUUAUGCUUUUAAUGUUUGCUGUUUCCUUAUUGGUUCUCGCUUUUCAAUGUCAGCAUUUAACCCCUCCCCCCUCAACCCGCCCUCUUAUUGUUUUUGUGUUUUUAUUUUGCACGUCACCGGUGGAGCGUCACCUGCAAGGGGUGAGAAUUGUGCACGGUGGAAAAGGUUCCUCAUGAGGUUAGCAUCUUUGGUGGGGGGUUCUAGAAGAGAAAGAGGACCUGAUUACGCCUUUUUUUCUUCCCAUUGAAGGCAUGGCCUCGUGUAUCACCAGUGGAGGUGUGUGUGUGUGUGUGUGUGUGUGUGUGUGUUUGUGUCGUUUACCUUCCAAGACUCUUGAACUGCUCUUCACCUCAGUGCCUGUUUGAGAGGAGCCAUCUGCUGUCAUGGCAAUAAGAUUUCAGAUUUUUUUUUUUUUUCUUAAAA